CGGCCGCAGUCGCACUCGCCGCGCCUUCGUAUGAGCUGUGUGCCGCUCUCGGCUCCCCGCACCCCGCGCCCCGCGCUCGUCUCGCCCGCAUUCUAGUCGUGGGUGUCGCGCUGUGCAGUCCUCGCGUGUGCCGCCGAGCUCAGUGCGCCGUUUGUGAGUGCUUUAAUUCCCGCCGAGUGUCAGUGCGACCGAGGAACUGUCAGCCGAUCGCGGAGGAUGUUAACAGCGCACGAUAGCAGCUGUUGACGUCUACAGUAGCAGACCGCUAGCCGGCCACGUAUCACUCGCCCCGCUCCCUACACCCCCUUCAAGAUUGCUGCCACCAUGGGUCGGAAGAAAAUACAAAUAUCCCGGAUCACAGACGAACGGAAUCGGCAGGUGACGUUCAACAAGCGCAAAUUCGGCGUGAUGAAGAAAGCGUACGAACUGAGUGUGUUGUGCGACUGUGAGAUAGCUCUCAUCAUUUUCAGCUCAAACAACAAACUCUACCAGUAUGCCAGCACCGAUAUGGACAAGGUUCUUCUCAAGUACACGGAAUACAACGAGCCGCACGAGUCACUCACCAACCGGAACAUCAUCGAGGCACUCACGAAGAAAGAGCAUAAGAACGGAGUGAUGUCACCGGACAGCCCGGAGGCCGAGCCCGAGUACAACCUGACACCGCGCACCGAAGCCAAAUACACGAAGAUCGACGAGGAAUUCCAAAUGAUGAUGCAGAGGAAUCAGCUUAACGGCAGCCGAGUGGGCGUGGGAGUAACGGGCGCCAACUACAACCUGCCCGUGAGCGUGCCGGUUGGCAGCUACGACCAGUCUAUGCUGCAGGCCAGCCCCCAGAUGCAUACCUCUAUCAGUCCACGGCCAUCGUCUUCGGAAACCGAUUCUGUAUACCCCAGCGGAGGAAUGUUGGAGAUGUCAAACGGGUACCCGGGAUCUGCGUCGCCGCUAGGUGCGGCGUGCACGCCCUCGCCCUCCCCCGGGCCGGCGCCCUCGCCGCACCGGCAUGCACACAAGCCGCACCAUGCGCCGCAUCACUCGCCACGACACAACAACCUGCGCGUCGUCAUACCCGGUGCCAUGCCGCCGCCGCAGGAUGACAUAUCAUACACCGGAGAGACACCACUCAGCUACUCAGGACUCGGCAAUUUCGGACCACAGGACUUCAGCAUGACCUCGGACAUGGGAAUCGGACUAUCUUGGGGCGCGCACCAGUUGCAGACACUACAGCACAACAGGUACAUUUUGCCGGUACUGGGAGGUGGGGGGACGCCGCCGCCCGCGCCGUCACCUAGCAACGUGAAGAUCAAAGCGGAACCGGUGUCGCCGCCGCGCGCUCCCGACCACCUGCACCGAGCACAGCUCGCACCCGCGCCCGCACCGCAGCCUGCGCAUCUUUCUGGAGUCAUCGAUGGUUCAGUAACAUCAAGCAACAUGGGCUCGCCGGCCGGGCAGGACAUGCGGCAUGCGAACACCGUGCCGCUGGACUACGAGCAGCCGCACACGAAGAGGCAGCGGAUCGAGGGCUGGGCCACAUAGCUAGGCUACGAGGCCUUCGGCCCCUGUCCGAGGCCCCUGCACCCGCACUGCUGAGCGCCCAGCCCCGGCCUCCGACCUUCGGUACCGUCCUGCAGUCCUACGUUCGAUAUCGCAACCCACUCCCGCUCUUUCCCUCGGUGCUGAAUUCGAAGUGUAACAAUGUUAAACUAUCAAAAGUCUGACAUGGUAAGGUGCAUCUGAAUUGAAGGUGCUCAAAAUUGAUGGCACGGUUCGCGUUUUGGACAUUAUUAAAUUUCAAAAGCUCCGUCGGAAAGGAGCCGAUGCUAAAUGUAUCCUUUCAUAGAACGAGUCGAUGUUGAAACAUAAGAAAUGCUUAACCCUUCUUUAAUACGUAAUUACUAUUACUGCACGUGCAAGUACACUAAAGAGUAAGAUUUAAUGUUAAAUUUAAGUACAAUGUUACAGAUAAAUGCAAACUUCUUGAACAACUUUUUUGUAAUAUUAUAAACGUACAUAACGUAUACUUAGAUCGCUGUAUCCCAUGUAAAUAGAAAACAUUAUUUGUACAAUCCGUGCCAUUGUCUGUUUAGCUUAAAAUUUAGUCAAUUUAAAAUUAGUAAUAGUAAGUGAAGACAAACACUGAGGUUCAAGUGAGGGAACUGUCUGUGAGCAGCCGAGUGACGU